CUGGGGCCCGUUUCACAAAACUACAAGUGUUGUUAGUAACAAUUGUUAAUAUUCAGCACUUGUAAUCACAAGUUGUUAAUAACUAGCGUUUCACAAAAAAAAUAUUUAACUUGUUCGUUACAUGUGUAAAUUUGUCAGCAACAAGUGUACUUCACGCAUGUUAGUUACAAGUUUGUAAAUAAACAUAACCUUAAAAUAGUUUUGUUGACAAUUUACUAGUUAAACGUCAGUCGUUAUUUAUAAUUCUGUGACAAUGUCGAAAAGCGUCUUAAAUGGUACUAAAAUUAUGAUUUUAAAAGAGAUUAGAGAUAAGAAAGCAAUUCUUUUCGGCAGCUUUUCCGACAAAUUAACAAAAAAAGACAAAAUAGAAUGUUGGAAAACUGUGCACCAAAAAUCCACCAGUUUAGGGCUUGUGCCUCCAAAUAAGGAUUGGACUUACAGCCGUGAUGUAUUUUGGCAAAAUUUAAAGAAAACAACAAUGAAGAAAGUUGAUAACAGGAGGAAAACUGGUUCAGGUGGAGGCACAGAUUCUAAAUUUACAGAAAUGGACAAUGUAGUUCUCGACAUUCUUGGGCCGGAUAAUCCAAUUCUGUGUAGUCUCGGCAUUUCCGAAACUUGGGAGCAAGAUCCUGAGAACGUUGAACAAGAAAUAGAAAAUUCAAACCAUUUGCAAGGUCACGGUGCAACAAACAAAAUUAAAAACACUAAUGUGUUUAUUUCUACUGGGAGCAGCAGUGUACCUACUGCAUCUUUUGCAAAAAGGAAAAAGUCGAAAAUAUGUAAUGAAAAUGGCCCAAUUGACGAAGCACUAAUCUUCGAAAGAAGAAAAAAUUACAACACCAAAUUGAAAUCCUUGCAAAAGAAAGUUAUCUAA